AUGUCCGCAGGUGCCUCUGAACGCGUCGCUGCUGCCGGCCAUGGCGGUGCGCCUCGCCACCACUCGCUCUCCGCGACCAUGUCUGGCGCGAUCCAGCAGUCCCAACAACAGGCUCAGCAACCGCAACAGCAACAGCAGCAACAACACACCUCCGGUCUGUCCUCACUCCCUUCGCGCCCACCCCCUUCAGCCGACGCAGCGCGCGCACGGGGCAGCAUCGACGCCGUAGGCAUGCGCGCUGGUUUCUCGUCCCAAACGUCCGGUGGUCCCCAUUCCCAUGCCAGUCUCGUCAGUAGCUCAACGCCCAACUCGGCCGGUGGAGGCAAUUGGAACAGGGCGCGCCCAGCGAGCGAUUUCCUCUCGGCCAGUCAUGCUGCGUCGAUGCAUCAGCCUCCCAACUUGUCCAACGUCGAAUGUGCGUUCGAGGCUCUCCUGGCCAUUGUGAUCAAUCAAAAUACGAAAGCUGAUGUGUGAUGUCUGAUCUCCCCACGUAGCGGAGGGUGAGCCCUUCAGAUACAUGUCGGACGACACCCCCCCGUCUUGCCUCCUGUUGCAUCGUCCGAGUCCGGAUCAGCUGACACCGAGACACUCCACCAUCUGUCUCACACAGCGAUCGACCGCUGGUUCGAAGACCUACAGCACUACGAAACGACACUCGAAGAAAUGGCCGCGGCCUCCCUCGAUUCCAACUUCAAGGAAGAACUCUCCGCGAUCGAGCAAUGGUUCAGAGUCCUGUCCGAGGCUGAACGCACCGCAGCGCUCUACUCGCUGCUGCAGUCGUCGACGCAGGUGCAGAUGCGCUUCUUCAUCACCGUGUUGCAGCAGAUGGCCAGGGCCGACCCAGUCACGUCGCUUCUCAGUCCGGCCAACCCGAAUCAACGUCAGUCAGCGAUGUUCAUCUUCCCGGUCCUCGAUACCUGUUGCUGAUCGUCCAAACCCCUCUCGUGCUCGUAGAAUCGAUGGAGAACCAAAUGGAAGCUAAAGUUGCAUCGCUAAGUCUCAAAGGAUCGACCUCGCCGGUCGUGCGUCAGUUUGCGCGUCAAUCCCUCGGCGAUUCCUACCUCUCGCCUCAUUCGGCAUCGAACCCCUCCGCUUCCGUCCCUGGACCUCCGUCUCCAACGGCUGCAAAUUCGGACGACCCGACCGCCGCAGCGACGUUGGCGAACCAACGCGCCAAACUCAAGGCCACUGCUCGUACCUCGGCUCCUGCGAAUCUGCUGUUGAGCGCCGGUCACGAUGCCAACAAGUCGACCUCGUCGCUCUGGUCCGAGAAGGAGACGCUGCUCGAACGUCGAUCGCCGUCCCCCGGUGACCGUCCUCGUUCGACCGGGUCCGAUCAUCUCAGUGCCAACGUUGCGCAUCCGAAUGGUGCUCACAGCGGCUUGCAUCUCUCCCAUUCGACCGGCCCGCCAACGACGGCUUCGUUCCCUCGCUCCUCCGGCGUCGAUUCCGACAUCCCUCAACUUUCACCCAUGGUCGGUGGUUCGUGGGCCAGCAUGGUCAACACGCCCCUGGUUCCGAUGUUCGGUAAAGCGGGUGUUGAACCGGGCUCGCAGAUGGAACCGGGCAAUUAUGGCGGCAAUUCGCCUAGUAUCGGCAACAACACGUGGUCGAGCGGCGGCGUCCACAACGGUUCCGUCUCCCCCGUGCUGGUCGACAACGACGUGCGCAAGUUCCGUCGCUCGGCCCGUCUCGGUGGUGGCGGUGUCGGUGGAUCCCCUUCGGGUGCCGCAAUUUCGGAGGGAGCCUUGUCGGGGAUGUACGACGACCGAGCCGGACCUCGCAGCCCAGCAGGUACAGGCGCGAGUCAAUUCAGCUCGAUGCAACAAAACGCCAUCAACCUCGGUCUCGCCGGUCUCCAACAAGCCCAGCAACAACAACAACAACACCACUCGUCACCCGGUCUCGGUUCGUCGCGUCUCAACUCAUCCGGCGCACUCAACUCCCCCGGUCUGAUCGCGGCACAACAAGCCGCCGUCGCGGCGCAACAAAACUGGCGCAAUGGGUUGGGCGUCACGAAUGCCGGAUUAGGAGUUGGCGCCGAUACGGGUUUCUCACCUUCGCUCGGCUCGACGGAAUUCGGGAUGGGCGGCGGAGGAGCAGGUCAAGCGUCGACGAAUGCACAGUUGGCGAAUCUGUUGGCGUUGCAGCAGCAGAUGAUUCAGCAACAGCAGCAAAUGCAGGUGUUGAGCAACUUGGCCGCAGGUGGUGAGUUGUAAUCUUCCAUUCAAAUUGUGGUUGGCUCAUGCUCACUAGACUCGCUCUGAACCUUGUACGCACAGGUAUGGGUCUCUCGCCCGUGCAAAUGAUGCAUUUUCAGCAGCAACAACAAGCGCUUCUCUCCCCUGGUGGUCGCAACUACGUCCCGACGAGUCCGAUGGGUUUCGGCAACGCCGGUUUGGGAAUGAGUGAGUCGACCGUGCAUGGGUACCGACCGAGCAACGCGCGAAGGAUGCUGAUCGGUAACCCCACUUUGUUGAUCUUCAGAUGGUAUCAACCAAGCUCGUCGUUCACCCCGCAUCGACCGUUCUCCGGGAACGCCCGGCUACCCCCCUUCAAAAACCUCCACUCCGAACCCCGGCGCUUCCGCCACCGUCGCCGGCUCCGGAGCGAACCCCGAUGAGCCCCUCGACAUGGCCCUCCUUUCUGAUGUACCCCUUUGGCUCCGUUCGUUGCGUUUGCACAAGUAUACUUCGACGUUCGAGGAUUCGAAUUGGAAGGAGAUGGUCAUGCUGGAUGAUGAGGGGUUGGAGAAGAAGGGCGUCGCCGCGUUGGGCGCGAGGAGGAAGUUGCUCAAGUGAGUGUCGACGGGGUCUUUUCGCUAGCUCGAGCAGCGCGCUGAUACCUAUCUCCGAUUUUUUUUGCUCUCAGGGUCUUCGAGACCGUGCGCCUGAAGACGAACAUGGCCCUCCCCGGCGACGGAGCAUUGAACGUCGACGAUCGUACCGCGACGCGUUCGGUCUCUCCCAACACUGCCGAGGGCACGAGUCCUGAUCCCGAUCAUGGCAACAAGAAUGGCGAAUGGGAUCGACUGAGCCCGGCUCCGAAUGCCGCGAGACGAGGAUGGUGA